CCGGGAGCGGCGGGGCCCUACCCCGAGGCGCCCCCCGGGCUCCCUCGGAGCCCCCUCCCGGCGGUGCUGGGUCCCCAGAGCGGCGGUGCCGGCCCGCCCCCGGUGCCUCCGCCCACAAGGCUCCUUUGGGCUCUGCGCGGCCCAGAGUUAAAAUGUGUGAUGAUGGUGCCCCAGAUUGUUGGCGUAUUGGGGAGAAAUGCCUUGCCCCUUGUCUUGAAGAUGGAAAACUUCAGGAAGGAGUAAUAACCUCACUUGAAAAGGACAAGAAUGGAAAAUCAUUUGCUGUUGUAUUAUUCUUGGAGUCUGAAGAAAGGAAAAUAUUAGUAACUGAACUUUGCAGAGUCAAAGACAGUAGAGGACCCUGGAAAAGCUUAAUAUUUGAUGAUGGUGAUCUGGAAAAGCCGUAUUUUCCUGACCAAAAUCUUCCAUCUCCUGCAGUUCCUUUUAAAUUAUCGGACAAUGGCGAUUUUAUCCCUUAUACAAUUAACAGAUACCUGCGUGAUUAUCAAAGGGAAGGAGCCCAGUUCCUGUACAGACACUAUGCUAAUAGAAGGGGGUGUAUUCUUGGAGAUGAUAUGGGCCUUGGAAAAACAAUACAGGUCAUCUCAUUUUUGGCUGCAGUGUUGCACAAAAAGGGAACACGUGAGGAUAUUGAAAAUAAUAUGCCAGAAUUUUUACUGAGGACGAUGAAAAAGGGCUCAAAUUGUAACCCGAAGAAGACUUUCCUCAUAGUGGCCCCUCUUUCAGUGCUGUACAACUGGAAGGAUGAGUUAGACACGUGGGGAUACUUUAAGGUCUCUGUCUUACAUGGCAGUAAAAAAGAUGAUGACAUGAGUCGCAUCAAGCAAGGGAAAUAUGAGGUUGCUCUCACAACAUACGAGAUACUUCGCCUGUAUUUGGAUGAAUUUAACAGUGUAGAAUGGUCUGCUGUGAUAGUGGAUGAAGCACACAGAAUCAAGAAUCCAAAGGCUCAAAUAACUCAAACCAUGAAGUCAUUAAAAUGCAAAGUUCGCAUAGGUCUUACUGGAACCAUUCUCCAGAACAACAUGAAAGAACUUUGGUGUGUCAUGGACUGGGCUGUACCAGGACUUCUAGGUAGCAGAGCAGAUUUCAAGAAGACGUUUUCUGACCCGGUGGAGCACGGCCAGAGGCACACUGCAACCAAGAGAGAGCUGGCGACAGGCCGGAAGGCCAUGGUGAACCUGGCAAGGAAAAUGUCUGGCUGGUUCCUGAGGCGCACCAAGGCACUCAUCAGUGACCAGCUGCCAAAAAAGGAAGACAGAAUGGUGUAUUGUUCCCUGACUGACUUCCAGAAGGCCGUGUACCAGGCUGUGCUGGAGACAGAUGAUGUGACCUUGGUGUUACGAGCAGGAGAGCCCUGUAGCUGCAACAGCGGCAGGAAAAGGAAGAACUGUUGUUACAAGGUAAAUGCACAUGGUGAAACAAUUAAGUCUCUGCGCUUCAGUUACCUGACGAUCCUGCAGAAGGUUGCCAAUCAUGCUGCACUGCUGCAGACAGACAACACCAGCAAGCAACAGGAAGCACAUAUCAAACGAGUUUGCAGCCAGGUAUUUUCCAGUUUUCCAGAUUUUGUGCAGUUAAGCAAAGAUGCAGCCUUUGAAACCAUUUCGGAUCCAAAAUACAGUGGAAAAAUGAAGGUCCUGCAGCAGCUUUUAAAUCACUUCCGAAAAAAUAAGGAUAAAGUUCUCCUUUUCUCCUUUUCCACAAAGUUGCUGGAUGUGCUGGAGCAGUACUGCAUGGCAGCUGGGCUGGAUUAUCGAAGGCUUGAUGGAAAUACAAAAUCAGAAGACAGGAUAAGAAUUGUAAGAGAGUUCAACAGCAUUCAAGAAAUUAACAUCUGUCUUGUAUCUACAAUGGCUGGUGGACUGGGUCUUAAUUUUGUGGGUGCCAAUGUUGUUAUCCUGUUUGAUCCUACUUGGAAUCCAGCAAAUGAUCUUCAAGCAAUUGACAGAGCUUACAGGAUUGGCCAGUACAGACCUGUUAAAGUGUUUAGAUUGAUCUCCUUGGGAACUGUGGAAGAGAUGAUGUACUUGCGACAAGUUUAUAAACAGCAACUUCACUGUGCGGUCGUUGGAAGUGAAAAUGCCAAGAGGUAUUUCGAGGCAGUGCAAGGAUCAAAGGAGCACCAGGGAGAGCUUUUUGGGAUCCAUAACCUUUUCAAACUCAGGAUUCAUGGGUCCUGCCUUACCAAAGACAUCCUGGAGGUGUGA